CGAAAUAAAAGGAUCUAAACUUAAUUAUACAUAUAUAUAUAAAUAAAAACGAAAACUAUGGUACAUUAUCUCAUCCUAACGAGAGCCCUAAUCUAAUCUACGGUGAUGGAAGCAUGCAGGUCAGGUCUUGUGGCACAUCCAAUACGCUGCUCCCUGGCUGGAAAGUUCUUCACAAGUCUCGUACCACCGUCCUUAGACAGAACAGAGAGUACACUGCGGCAGCAAUGGAAACUUUCAGGCAGCUUGAAGGUUCUUCCUUUGGAGAAGGACAAUAUUAUCUUAUUUGAGUUCGAGGAGAAGAGAGACAAGAAGAAAGUUGUAAAAGAUGGACCUUGGAACGUUGAUGGCAUUAUAUUAGUCCUCAAAGAAUGCUCACAAGACAUCUCUAUGGCCGAUAAUGAUUUCUCUGUUGCUUGCUUCUGGGUCAAGGUAACAGGUCUACCCUAUUUUAACUACACAGUGGCAGAAGCUGAGAAGAUUGGCAAAAGGCUUAGUGAUGAGCCAGUUUUAUACGAAUAUGACACUUCAACAAGAUGCUUUUGGGUUAAAGCUGAGAUAAAUCUGAAGAAACCGCUCCUUCCCGGGUUUUACAUUGAUGGUAAGGGUCGUAGACGUCAGUUUGUUCAGUUUAAGUACAAGAAUCUUGGUGAGUUCUGUGAACGUUGCGGUAUGAUUAACCAUAGGAUGUGUGGAGAAGCUGCAAAGAUGAGACAUUUAACCCGCAGGUUUAAAACGUAUGUGUAUGGACCAUGGCUGAGAUACGACACUGAACCGGCUGGUAAUGGCUUACCCGUGAAUCCGGACUACUUUGAGUUGUGUUAUGAGAUGGGUUUGGAGUACGAGGGGACUCUUACUUACGCUCAGUUCUUGGUAGAGGUCGAGGUAGAUGUUGUUUACGUGAGCGAGCAUGAGUGGGGCGGGAAGAAACUUGUUCGUUCCUUGUUAGUAAGUGAGUAUGAUUACUGUUUCCGGGUUCCUUGUUCCCCGACACGAGUCGUUAAGGAUGUUUUGGCGUUUGAAGUUGAUAAGAUAUCGUCUCUGGCGAGGCUAACAGCGGAUGACAAGGCCAGCGUGGUCCAUGGACUCGUUGACCACGUAAUGAACGAGAGGGAGACUUGGUCGAAACAGAGAUGGGUUCUUCUCUUAGUUCGUGUCGAGAAAAAAAUAAUGGUACCACCAGUGGAUAUGGAGACGAUGCUUGAGGAAGAAAAAGAAGAAAAACUUCUUAUGGCCAUUACUUCCAAGAUUAGUGAAAGGGUAGAUAGAAGUUUAGAGAAGUCAGACGAUCUACUGAUGAAGACUAUUCGAGAUGCAAUCUUUGAGUUCGGUUUAACUCAGGUUCCUGAUUUUUAUGUUGAGAGUUUGGUGGGAUGGGUUAAAAGCUGCAACUACUUUCCACCUAUAGAUUCCAAAUUAAAGUUGCAUCCUAAUCACAAGUGUUUUACAGUGCUUGGCCCUGAUAUGGAUUUGUUUGGUACAUGCUGUAUAUGUCAAGGAGAUUUCUUCCUUGGAGGAGAAGCAACCGUUACGUCUCCUUGUUCUCAUGUUUUCCACACUCGCUGCAUUGAAGACUGGAUUCAAAUGUCUCAAAAGUGUCCACUUUGUCGUCUCCAGCUUAGUUGAUAAGGAGUAGUUUCUUUUUAUAACCAAAGCCAACGCUUGAUAAGUAGUGAUUUUUGGUAGCAAUACUAAAACAAUUUGCAAGACAUUAUUUCAAUAC